AAAAGAUUAUUUGACACCAAUGCAAAAGCUGUUAUUAACACUUCGCUUUUACUCUAUUGGCAAUUUUUUAAUCACCGUGGGUGAUUUUAUAGGUGUAUCAAAAAUGACCGCUUCCCGAGUCGUUCAACAAGUUUCAGAUGCAAUAGCCAGCUUAAGACCAAAAUAUAUAAAAUUUCCAAAGACCCUUGAUGAGCUGAAAGAAGUAUCAACAAAUUUCUAUACAAUUUCAAAAUUUCCGCGGUGUUGCGGGGCAAUUGAUUGCACUCAUGUCAAAAUACGUUGCCCUGUGGGUUCUAUUGGCGAAGUAUUUAGAAAUCGGAAAGGCUACUUUUCAAUCAAUGUUCAAACUAUUGCUGAUAGAAAUCUUAAGGUACUAGAUAUUGUAGCUAGAUGGCCAGGGUCCACGCAUGAUUCAACUAUUUUUAACAACUCUUCAAUUAAAACUUUUUUGGAAAGUGACGGAUUUAAAAAUGUUCAUAUUGUUGCUGAUAAAGGAUACGGUUUAAGAACGUAUUGUUUAACGCCCAUUUCAUCUCCAUCUACCGAGUCGGAAAUACUUUAUAAUAAAAGCAUAAUAAGAACUCGAAAUGUGGUUGAAAGAAAAUAUGGUGUAAUGAAAAGAAGAUUUCCUGUUUUAGCUUUAGGAAUGGCUUUGAAAACUAGCACAGUAAUGAAUGUUAUUGUUGCAUGUUCAGUGCUACAUAAUAUUGCUAUUGAUGUCAAUGAAAUUUUACCUAAUAUUAGUUCUGAUAUUAUUGAAGCAGUUGAAAAUGAUAUUGAAUGUAAUAAACAUUUUGAUGUAGAUAUACAUGCACAAUUAAAUGAUAGACUAGUAAGAACACAACAAGAUUAA